GUGACGUCACUGCCAGGCUCCUGGAGGCACUUUGGCCUCGUUUUCGGCGGGCUUCCCGGGAACAAACAAUGGCUAUGGCAAGUGAUUUCUACCUGCGCUACUACGUAGGGCACAAGGGCAAGUUUGGACACGAGUUUCUAGAGUUCGAGUUUCGGCCGGACGGAAAGCUUAGAUAUGCCAACAACAGCAAUUACAAAAAUGAUGUCAUGAUCAGAAAAGAGGCGUAUGUUCACAAGAGUGUAAUGGAAGAACUGAAGAGAAUCAUUGAUGACAGUGAAAUCACAAAAGAAGAUGAUGCUUUGUGGCCACCCCCUGACAGGGUUGGUCGGCAGGAGCUUGAAAUUGUAAUUGGAGAUGAACACAUUUCUUUUACCACAUCCAAAAUUGGUUCUCUCAUUGAUGUAAAUCAGUCAAAGGAUCCUGAAGGCCUUCGAGUAUUUUACUAUUUGGUACAGGAUUUGAAAUGUUUAGUUUUCAGUCUCAUUGGAUUACACUUCAAGAUUAAACCAAUUUAAAUUGUAUGUUUUUGAAGUUGUUAAUUUAUUUAAUUAAGGGAUGGGUAAGGGAGGGUUUCUUUGUCUUUUAUAAUUUGUGGAUUUUUACAUAUGUGAAACAGUUUUUUUGUAUGUAAACUGAGUAUAUGAAAAUAAGUAAAUAUGCUUAAUGAUUUUCCUCACUUGGGUCCAAGUGGGUUAGACAGAACCCAUACACAUUAAAUUCUGUAAAUAAAAGUCACUUUUGUUGAAUUUUGCUCUAAUAAAACAUAUCAAAGCCUGAA